UGACAUUGACUGUUGGGGCAAUAACAAAAAAUAUCUUUAAAAAAAAGGAAAUUAGGACAACAUACCAAAAAGUUAAUGAAUGUCACUUCAGGGCCUGUUUCCAUAGUUAAAAAAAGUUACAAGAUUUCAACACUUCUGUGAAAAUUCUGUGCAAACUUAUGCUAACGGUUGUUACCAUAGUUUCAUGUGCUUAUCUAAUCCCCCUGAUUUGUUAUAAGUGCUGACUGUUUGGCUAGAGCGUGUGAUGACGUUUCCAGCUUUUCUAGCCAAUCAGAGGCGAAGGAGGCAGGACUUUCCCUGGCGAAAGUCUUCCCCGGGAUGCGUCUUUUUCCCCCCGGAAAGUCGCAAAAUGGCAUCGGGCUUGAUGUGUGUAGUCAGGCGUGUCAAAAUUCACCUCUGAAUAUUUCAUAAUUUCCCGUUCAAAAUUCGUGUCGGCCCCGGUGUGUAAGGACCUUAAUCAUUAAUAUGGCUGGGCAUUCCUACCUACCUUAAUGCACUGGAAGCGCAUGGGGGACCCAUCCAAGAUGGAGGCCGUGCUGAUAUGUGAGCUCCAAUAGGCUGUGUCAGGCUUUGAGGUGUUUACGUAUAUUAUGUCUAUGGUAAAAAGCCUCUGUUACGGAAGUAGUGGGUGCUACCACUCCAAAAAAUGAGACCAGUGGACACAGGCCCUUGUCUAACUACCACUCCAAAAAAUUAGACCAGUGGAAACAGGCCCGUGUCUAACCAUGCAUUCCUAUAUUCUCAAUAAGGUCAUAAAGUUUUUAUCUAAUAUAAAUCUGUUAAGUUUUAAAAUUUGCAGACAGUGUGAUCAUUUAGAAGUAGUACAGCACUGCCUGAAUGUGAUCUUUCUGGCCGCCUGGAGGUCCUGACCCCUCAUGUUGGGAGCCCCCUGGUGUGAGCAGCAGGUUGUGUUGAAACUGUAAAUGUUCCUUUAAGCCGGAGAAAAAUGCGGAGGAGAGGCGGAGCUGCUGCCGCUGCUGUCACUACACCUCCUCUCCGGCUCUCACUCAUAGAUGUGCGGGGCCGAGCAGGCAGAAGCGAGCUCUCACUGCGGGGAAAUGAAACACGCAGCGCGUCCCGAAGUGGCAACUAACGACGAGCCGGGCACGACCGAAAACUUCUCCCUCUUCUGCUCGUACGCUUCCUCUCUGCGGGACUUCACGCACCGUCCGGGAUCAUGUUGUUUCUUCUUCAUCGCCUCUUUGGAUCGCAGCUGAGUGAAAGAGAAAGUCCACACUGGAUCUGAACCUGCGCACUUGUCUGCUUCUUUGGUCAAAUCUCUGCACACUUGAUGUCUGAAUAACUCCAAAAGUGACAUUUCUGGAUCAGUUGUCCUCGCGUGUUUUGGAUUAUUAUUCCUGCCACGAAAAGAUAUGUUGGUUUUAUACGUGAUCAGCCUGGCCGUGCUGUCAGAUGCAGGUUAGUGUGUUUCUUAUACAUUAAACAUCCCAUCCUCUGAGUUAUUGUCAUUACUGCAUCAAUGUGCACUUGCUCCUCUUGGAGGUGUGCACCAAUGCAGAACUCGCCUUAAAUUUUAGCAAAUUUAAGCUUUACUUCGAGGCGUAUUUACACUGGAUUUCUGACAUAUUAACCCACAUAUGAUAGUAGUUUUAAGAGUGAUAAAGUUUUUAAUAAGUUUUAACAAACUCCAGCUUCCACAUUAACCACAGGAAUAUCCAGAAAAGCAGAGCACAUGUGUGAGGACUCGUUGUUUUUAAUUGGCACAAAUUUAAAUGGAGGUUUUGUAUGGGAAACGUGAAAGUUGAUAAAGCUUUGAUUUUAUAUUUGAUUCAAAGCUCUACAAACCAAUAGUCACUUGUAUCUUCAUUACAGUUAAAUUUUACAUUAUUUAUCAUGCUUUAAGUUGGCAUACUAUCACUCAGCACUGUAAAUGAUAACAGUAAGUGAUUAUUAUGUUUCCUCCCAUGACCUCUCUACCUACAGACAGUUAUGUAAUUCAUCAUGUACUCCACUUUGACAAAAACAUGCUUCCAGAAAAAGUUCCUCAGUGCAAAAGCUCAUUAAUUCAGGCUCUAAGGGUGUAAUACAAUCGCAUCUGUGAGGUGCUUUGAUAUGAAACACAAAGACAAAGUUUUCAGGCUUUGGAUUAUAAAUCCUCAUAGGAAGAUGACACUGUGGCCCUGAGGGUGAGUUUUUUUUUUUCCUUCCAAAGCGUCUGGGAGGCGUCUGAAUGCCGCUCAUCCUCCUCGAGCUGCCAAACUUUAUCUGUGUUAGAGUCCACGCUGGCUGCAGUCUGCAGCAGGCAGGUGCACAAUGCCUCUAUUAUCCCUUUUGCAUAACAUUUCCGAUCGAGGUAAAUCACUUGACUUGUGUACACACUAACAGACACACUCACACUGAGUCACACUUUAACUACUCAUUCUCACAUUUUCUCUGUUUCUUGUACUUAAAUUCAGGUCAGUCUGUUUGCUAAACUGCAAGUCCAAACAUUUCCAAACCAGCUCGAAAGAACGGGUCAAUUUAAAGGUUCACACUGGUAUUGUGUGCUGACAAACAGACAUUUCUUUGGGAUAACUUGAAUGAUUAUUGGACAUGGGACACAAAAUAUCAGCUUCAAUGUAAAGAGAGUGCUCAAAUGUGGUUUUUAAUAUCUUUCCUGGAAACUGGAUCACCUUCCAUUAAUAAUCCAGACCUCCCUUACACAUUUUUUGGGCAUCUUUUCAUGCAAGAUUUUUGUUUUUUCACUCGAAGGUUUUCAGAAUAAAACUUCUAUCUUACUAAAAGAGAAGUCCUUGUAAAGGUGCCACUAGUAUUUAUGUUUGUUGACAAAAUGUUGCAGGUUUGGGUAAGGGCUGCGUGGGCGGGGUUAGGGUUAAGGGUAGGGAUAGGUGUGUACCCUUCGUCUUGGGAAUGAUGUCACUUCAAAGCUACAAAGUGGAAAGUUGUUUGGAUUUCAAGCUCAAGGUUACUGAGCUUCCCCCGUGUGUCCAAGUUGGAUCCCCAACUCCAGGGGGCAUUGUAAAAGACACCACUGUACCACUGUUUCCUGUCGCCUCAGUUUCAUUUGUAAGUCUUUUCUCCUUCCAUGCAGGUCUGUCAGAGGUGUUCCGUGCAGGUGUGGCCCCUCGCUGUGAGAGUCGCGCCUGCAACCCUCGUAUGGGUAACCUCGCUCUGGGCCGCCGCAUCCUCACUCAGACCGUCUGCGGCAACAACGGCACCGAGCUCUACUGCUCCUACUCUGACCCCAACAUCAACCUGGGCUGCGACGCCGCCAAGUGCGCCAAAUGCAACGCUGCCCUACCUCACCUGUCUCACCUAGCUGGAGCCAUGUCCGACUCCUCGUUCCGGCACCCGAACACAUGGUGGCAGUCAGCGGAAGGGGUGGAGUCUGAGACGGUGCAGCUGGACCUGGAGGCGGAGUUCUACUUCACACAUCUUAUCCUGGUGUUUCGUUCGCCGAGGCCUGCCGCCAUGACCCUGGAGAGAUCGCAGGACUUUGGGAGGACGUGGAAGAUGCUGCAGUACUUUGCCAGCAACUGUAGCGCCGCCUUUGGGCUGGAGGAGGGAAAGGCAGGAGGGGGCCGGGAUGGAGCCACCUGCACGUCCAAAUACUCUGGGGCUUAUCCCUGCAACCGUGGAGAGGUGAGAAGCCAAAUUCAUACUCUUAAAAUUCUCCAGCAAUGAAGUGUCUCAGUUGGGUUAAACUCUACACAGACCUGAAAGCACUGCAUGGAUCAAACAAAGGACAGAAAAAGCUCACUGGCUAAUGAGUAAAUUCACACAAUUAAGCUUUUAGCAGCUAGGGAGCCCAAUAUUUUACCUCAAGAUGAUGGAGACAAAGAGCAAAGAUAUAAAUGAGAUAGAGCGAUUGAAAACUGGGCUAACAAGUGCCUUUUGUAGGAGGUGUUCAGGUGCAGUGGCAAAUGUGGGUCAGCUGAGUCCUUGCAGCACUUUAAGCCAAAUACCCAGUUGCAAUUCAAGAAACAAGAAAAGACACUUCAAGUAUUUUAACUCUUCAAGCUGUUUUUAUGUUUGAUUCCUUCUAAGUAUCCCUCUUUUCUGGUUUUUAACAUACGACUUUUAGUCUGGGCUUUUGUGAACUCACUCCUGAGUCUAGUCAGAAUGAUAAUAAAGUGAUGCUUAUCAUCUUUUAUCUCCUAAACCACUACUUUACAGAGAGUAUAAAAAAGACACCCCAUAAAAGAGCCCAAUGAGCGACACAAAAGGAGAUGAACAAAACGGAUUAAAACCAAAAAUAUGAAGUUGAUUAAAACCAGAGAUUCAAGGAUUCUGCCCAACAAUGAUGACGUAGUCUCAGUAACUUCACACACUGGUUUGUAGCUUCAUAAAGCCCAAAGACUGCAACAAAUUCUGACCAUAACUAGCUUUUGGCUUGGGAUAGUUUCAUCUUGUAUCAUACCAAAACACUUUACAUGUUAUUGCAUGGGGUACUAUACAGUUUUAUAAUGUAUCGUAUCAGCCACGCCUCUCAUCUUGCCCAACCACUAUCUCUAAUUUAGUGAAAAUGGAUGACUUAUUAAAAAAUUUAACUGAACUGAAUUAAAAUAAGGAGAUAGAGAGGCCCAAACUUUUACCAGGCUGUACGCAUGUUAAAUCUUGCUGUAAUAAUGGUCAUUUUUUAAUGGACUCCAAUGGAGUCUCCCAAGCUGUUGGAGCCAGCCUCAAGUGGACAAAAGUGGGACUGCAGAUUUUUAUACUUUUUCAUUUUCUUCUUUUCUUAACAUCAGAGGUGACAGCUUGAUUGACGUAUGAAAACUGAAUGAAAUAAAUCGGAGGAUAAGGUAGAUAAGGUCGUUAAUUAACGAUCAGGUCAAAAGUUGAAGUCGACACAAAAGGUUUCUUUGUCCUCGGUUUCAGCUGGAACAUUAAUUUCUCUGUUUUCCCUUCAACAUACCCAGUAACCAGCCAACACGUCUUUGUACGAUCAGAUCAGUAUCAGAUUGAUUUCCUAAUAUCCCUUUUUGUCCAAAAACGUCAGAAAGCAGGUUAACGCAGGUGGGAAAAGACAGCAGAUACACACACCUGCAGAGAAUCGCCGGAGGGGGUUACAGAAAGUUUCCUGCUCAGCUUUUUUUAUUACUAACGAUGUCAUAUCACACGCCAGGUAUGGCAGGUAAAUCGCCAUGGAGACCGACACUUUUCUGACAAGCGAUCAAAGUGUAUCCUCUCCAUCAGUAGCUGUGAUACCAGCUUAGAUUCACUUCAGUAAGUCACGCAACAUGUCAAAAGGCGAGUCAUCCAGCGGCGUUAGCACACAGAGCAGAAUAAAAGCAGAGCACAGCCAGGUGGGGGAAGCUCUGUGUGUGUGUGUGUGUUUGUGUGUGUGUACGUGCAUGAGUGAGUGUUUAAUGGGUGUACUUUGACUGUAGCACGAGAGGGCUUCCUGAAGUCCCUUGAUGUUUAAUUGAAGCAGUGUGUGUCGGGAGCUGCUCUGCAGAUGUGUGUGGAGGCGCAUGCCGAGCGUGGUGCUGCUCCGGACUCCCUGCAGAGCUCUCGUGUGUAAUGCGUGUUGACGCCCUCUUUGAUGGAGUAUUCCGAGUAUUCCUCGCAGCUGUUUUGGACUUAUUCUGCCGCUGGAUCAUAAAUCUUCCCCCGUCUCCUCCCGCUGUGCUUCUUGUGCGUUUUUAAAUGAGAUUAUGAGCUUGUGCGUGUAAGAAAAAACAGACGAACCGGCUCUACUUUCUAUUUAUUGUUGCCUAAAAAGAUUAAAACAUUGUUCCCUCUCUGUCUGUCUCUCUCUGUUCAUAUAUUGGUUUUUGUACGUCUCAGCCACCUGUGCUUGCAGCUUGAUCUUUGCCCUCUAACCCUGUCAACUCCCGACCCGGAGGUUAACAGAGGUCAAGUAGCGCUCUGACAGGCCAGCUGCUGCUGCUCAGCUGUUCACACUGUUCCCGCUCCUUUGUGUUGAGGCUGUGCGUCACCUGCAUUGACAGCUAAACAGUGCGCAGCCUUUGCAGGAUGAUGACAGCGCAGUGUUGUUCUGUGCAAUACGUUUCAGUGAGUUUUACAUGUGUAGUGACCUCUUCACUGGUAAAAUUCUUCUCUAAACUUGAUUUGUAUCUAUUCUAGAGGAAUUUAUUUAUUUAUUUGUUUGCAUGCAUUUUACUGUUUUUAUCAUUAUUCAGCUGUAGAUUACAUUAUUAUUUAGAUAAAGCUGGCCUAUAUGCAACAUGCAGAUGUUGUCAUGCUGGAAUCAGGACUUGGAACUGGGUUAGACUUAUUGAGGCAUAUGUUUUGUAUCAUAUUUUACUGAAUGAAUUAAAUCACAGGGUAUGGUAUCAUUUCAUAUAUCAUAUCAAAUAACAAUUCCAGAUUGCUGUGCCUUAGAAAUUGAGAUUUACUGCUUCUCUCUGCUCAAACACCCACACCCUGCCUUUACUGUUAAAAAACCGUUUGAAGACGUCACCUGGGGCUAUAGGUAUUUGUAUGGACGCAUUUUCUUUAUAAAUGCUAUGCGUAUCAAAUAAUAAAUCUAUGAAUAAGCAGUCAGUAAAUCUUUAUGAUGACUUAUCUAUGGUUGCAGCCUCAUCGUAAAACUUCAUCAUAAACUCAAAUCAAAAGUGGUUGGCCUUGGGAGGAUUUACCUUUUUUGUCUCAGAGUAUCUCUAAAAUAUAUAUGACUAUCAACAAUAUCAAAGUAAAUAAGACAUAAAUAAUGUGGCUGAUAAUUGGUUUAAAGUUCUCCUGCACGUGUUUGCUUGUUAUCAGAUGGCGGUAAAGGUUUCUGGGAGUUGUUCUGUAGCUGGGAGCGAUUCAGGGAGCUGGUAGUCUCAGCUUUCUGCCAUGAAAGCAUGUCAUCUCUUGUGCUGAAAGCUUUUUCAUGUUCACCUGUGUGUGUGUGUGUGUGUGUGUGUGUGUGUGUGUGUGUGUGUGUGUGUGUGUGUGUGUGUGUGUGUGUGUGUGUGUGUGUGUGUGUGUGUAGUAUGCAGGGCUUCUUGUCUUAUUUAUGAGGUCAGCCGGGCUGGAAGAAUGUGAGUGUUUGUUGUAGAGACUGACCUCCUUAGGGAAGAGAGUGAGGCCUACACACACACACACACACACACACACACACACACACACACACACACACACUUUCUAGAUAAACACAUACAGUCAGCUCUCCGUCUGUCUGCUGGGAAGGAAGUGCCGUUGCUCUGAUGGAUGUUGGUACUGUUGGCUAGACGCCUCCCACCCCCCACCCCACCCUCCUCUGCCUCACCCCCUCACCCACUCUGUUUCCCUCUCCAUCUCUCUCCUUCCAUCAAUGCCCAUUGUGCCUGUUUACCAGAUUACAGCCCACAGUGCUUUGAUGGAAUUACGCCUGUUAAAGCCAGACUUACUUUUUUUUUAGCCUGAAGUGAACACAUGGCCUACAGUGAACCAAACACCUCAGGAACUAAAUUCAAAUCUGCUUCAUUGGCUUUCAAUUGUCCCGUAUUUUCCAUGCAAAGUAUAAAACUUAAUCACCCGUGUGCUUCUGCAUGUGGCAAAAGUUCACAGAUCCCACAUUGGACGUACAGUAGUCUUCGAAAGCAGAUGUUUUCCAUCCUUCACUCGUGGCACUUGUCUUUCUGUGAAUUCGCUCACAGUUUAAGAUUCCCUCGUGGAGGUUUGAGUCUGUAAAAAUGUUCAUAGUCAGCAUUUCUAACCAAAACACCUUGUGUGUGUCCUUGGGACCCGACAGACCCAGGGAAUGUGCUUCCAUUCACAUAAAACGAAACUGUGCAACAUUUUCACAAGUGUCUUUAAAACCAUAAAUCUGCUUUACAUCCACCAAGGAGGGAGUUUUUGCAGAUUUGUCGCUGAGUGAGAUUAGGGAACCACUGAGCAGAUUUUUCUCAAAGUUGGUGGAAAGUUGGACAGCAAUUGAAAGAAGAGCCCAUACAUUUUUGGAAUUGAUGCAACAACUUAAAGCCCAAUAAUUUCCAAUGUAAUGUAACAAUGUUGUCUGAUGCAGAGUCAACAUUAGAUGCAUCUCAACAUACAGCAAAAUAAAUUAUAAUCCAAGUUAAAAAAGCAGAAAAUAAAUCUCUUGCAGACACUACUGCAGCUCUCCUAUGGCAAGCUAAGUCACUUUUAAUCCCAACAGGCAGUCGUUAAAAUCGUCCAAAUCUUCCUUUUGACUUUUGAACAACACCUGUAAUGUUUAUUCCAGGCCCUGGUUUCCUAUUCUGACUUCCAGGUUUCUUAGACUUAGCUGGAAAAUAGAAUUAAUGGUCCAAUACGUAAAAGCUGUUUCCUUUCUGUGAACUCCUCAUGGGGUCUCUUUGGAAAUAGUUUUUGUCCUGUAAAUCUCAGUAAGUCUUCAAGGGACAGUUUGGUUGGAUGCCACACUCAGACUUGAGAAGGCCAACUGGCUUAGGAGUCAAAAGAUUUCUACAAGAAAUAAAACAGAAAUGUUGAUUUUUGCAAUGGACCAGAUGAUGUCUGAAUAAUUUAAUCAGUAAAAUAUAAUGUAAAUCCUAAUUUCUGCAUUUACAAAACAACAUCCAUUUAAAACUACUUUAUGUGAAACUAUAGACAGAGGCUUAAGUCCUUAAAGUGGGCUGUUCAGGUUCAGCUCCAACCCCUGGCCCUUUGUCACAUCAUUCCCCACUCUGUCUUCCCAGUUUCCUACUCUAUCCGAUCUAUUAUUGAAAAUAGUCCCAAAUCAAAUGGAAAACCUCUGUAUUAAAUAAGAUAUAAAGACUGAGCGAGGGAUCAUGCCACCAAAUUUGCUGCUAGAUGUGCUCUGUAGCACUAUUAUCAAUCAACCGUUUAACAGUUUUCCACCAAAAAUGAAAAAUGUGUUUUAAAGUGUCAUACAGUUUUUGUUCUAUGGCUGUUUUAUAAAAUACUGUUACAAAAUUUCCUGGAUAAGUAAAUUAUUGUUUUGUUUGGCUCCCAGAACCCUCUUACAGAAGUUGGAGCGCCCUAGAACAUAAAGACAUUUGAAACCUAAAUUAGAAUAAAGAUGUGUGUCAUCUGCAUAUCUGCAAACCCUAUAUUUGUCUUUAUAUUCUAAAAUAAUUAUUGGGGCAUACUAGUUAUGUUGUGAAAGCUUCAAAUUGGACUCUUUGAUUUCCCAAAAUUCUCAAAUGGACACAUAAACACGGGUAUCAUCAGCAAACUUGCAAACUCAGAUGUUUUGUUUCUGUACUUUAAAGAAAUUUAUGAGGCAUGGUUGCAAGAUAUGGUUGAGUUGUUAAUUCCUUUAAAUGGACUUGGAAACCAGAUUUCUGCUAAAUCUAAUAUAGACCUGGGUGUCAUCAGCAUAUUUGCAAACUCUAAUCUUUUGUCACCAUAAUUUGAAAGGAAUCUAUGAGGCAGACAGCUGAUUUUGUUAUGUAAACCUUUGUAUCAUCAGUAUAUGAAAUCCUUUUAUUUUGUCUAUACAUUCAGAGGAAAACUACGAAGCAACACUGUGUUGCGAAAGCUCCGCGAUAGACUCUUUGGAAUCUGCAGCACUGCUGUUUGUGUGCAUGCCAGUGAGGAUGUGUGUAUCUGCUGGAGUUGCUGUGGUAUCACUGAGCUGUCGCAGGCCUUUUGUCCGUCCCUGAGUUAUGUGAAUCUGCAUCUCCAUCCCCGUCUUUGUCUGGCCCUGCUCUCUGUGCUCUCCCGCGGACCGGCGCCCCUGCUCCUCUAUUUGUCGUGUUCUCUUAAUUGUGGACCACAAUGCCGUGACCCUGCGACCUUUUCCAACAACAGGGAAAUUAAUAGUGCUCCUCCCAUCACACUCUGGGCCAGUCAUCCAGCCAAUGAGGGCGCCCCAUGGGGUCUUUGCCUGCAUCUCAAAGCUUUGGCCAAAGAAAACACACAUAAACACACUACUCAUCCAACGAUAUCAAUGACAGCCAAAGACAACAACACACCCUGUGCAAAGAAACACACCGCAAACACACACACUUCUUUCACAGCUAGAGCUGGGGCAGACACCAACUUUUUCGUGGCCAAAACAGCGGCGGUGCUGGUUGCUAGUGGCAGCAGUAGCCAUGGAAAUGGCAGCCCAUAAAGGGAUCUUCGAUUUGAAGGAUGUCCAGGGACCAGACAGGGAAAGAGGGAGAAAAAAAGAGAGAGUGAGUGAGAAAGGGGGGAGAGAAAGGUUGGGGGCACUCUUUUAAGGGCAACCAGUACCCUCAUGAUCACGUGAAGAUGGCAGUCAGUGACGAUGAGUUAUGAAGUCACAGAUCCGACCAAAACAAACCUCCAUUAGCAUGACAGAUAUAGUGACAGAGAGGCGUCAAUGACCCUGAUAGUGCCACUAAAUAAACCCGUCAAAUCCUUUUAAAUCAUAGAGUGGGGAUGACAGGGAGUACCAUGCUGCAUCUUUUGUGUUUUAUUAGUCCUUUCAGAGAUCCAAGACAGAAAGUAAAAGCCAAUGAGGGAGACGGAAAACGAUAAAAGUCUGACAAAAUCUCCUCAUUCUGGAGAAAGAAGUCAGUCCAAGUGUUAGGGAAAAAAUGACUGCACAGGUCUCAAAAUUAACUUUAUAACUUGGUGGAGCAGGAAUCUUUACUUAUACAAAGUCUGAAGUAAAACACUGUUGGUUCAGUUGUGUGAUAGCUUGUCUCUUUACAACCAACAGGUGAUCUACAGGACCCUCCCCAAGUGGGAAUCUUUGGAUCCAUUCGGGUUGGAGGGCCAGCAGCAGCUCAGGGUGACUAACAUCAGAAUUCGACUUCUGAAACAACAGUCGUGUCCCUGCCAGGCCAAAGACCUCGCCUCCGCACACGAAGAUCUCCCCACCCGACACUUUGCGAUCUACGACCUGAUAGUGAAGGGGAGCUGCUUCUGCAAUGGACAUGCUGAGCAGUGUGUUCCUGCACGGGGAUACCAGCCCAUCAGAGACCGGACCAACCAUGUGGUAAGAGAGGUUUAUAAAACAUCUCCUAGAGUUAAACUGAAUCAAAUUUAUCUCCAUCCACAUAGGUAAUUCUUGGCUUAAUGUGUUGGCCGUCGUCAUUGUCGGUUUUUUGGCGAUUUCAAUGGCAUCUCUUCGUCUUUCUGAUCUGUUUUUGUACCGGUGCUCUUUGCCAGUAAUCAAAUCUCCAAUGUAAAUAAUCUUGUUUCCAGCCUUGAUUCUUUGACACUAACACACCACUCCUGUUUUGACACGCAGGCAUUUCCUUUCAUUCUUCAGAUUUCUCUCGUUUCGAUAAUUAUCACUAAGUAAUCACACCCCACAGGCCGGCUUUUCACUUGUUCUUUGAAAUUAAGAUUAUUCAAGAUUAGGCAGGGCACUUACAAACUAAAUGGGCUGUUCACUUUGUGUUGGCAGUCGUCUUAAUAACACGCUAAAGGAGGGGUGGAGGUGGUGGAGGCGGUGGGGAUCCCAUUCCUCUUUACUUCCGCUGCUCUUCUGGGUCCGUCUGCUCAGAUAAACAGCUGCCGUUCUUUCCGGUUCAUAACAAACCCAAGAGAUGGAGAUACUGAUCCGUCUGAGUGACGGUUAAUGAUGGUGUUGAUGUAUGUGUGUGUGUGUGUGUGUGUGUGUGUGUGUGUGUGUGUGUGUGUGUGUGUGUGUGUGUGUGUGUGUGUGUGUGUGUGUGUGUGUGCGCUGAUAAAAGUGUGAGUCUGUGUUUUUCCUGGAGACCAACAGUGAAGUGUUUCAGAGCGGCGCUCCUAUCACAGUCAUCUCCACAAACACAAAUCACGCUGGAUGACUUUGAAGCCGAGCGUCCGUUCUGCUGCAAUCAGUGAAGCUCGACAAGGAAAGUGAGAGUCAACAAGGAGGACUUAUAUAAGCAAAGAGAUUUACACUGAUAAACAACAGCAUGACAACAGAAUAAACAGUCAGGCUUGGGCUGAUUAUGGAUCUUAGAGGAUGAUAAGAAGUGUUAAAUCUAAUCAGGUGCAGUGGGCAGAUGCCAUGUCUUUACAUCACCAAUAAUUCGUUCUUGUUUAUAAAAACUUAGAUGCUAGAAAACCCUGAUAUUUAACCACUGUCUGAAACCCUUCAUGCAGGCUGCUUUUCCAUUGAUACAAAGUGAGACACUGUUUGUGGGUGUAACUUUUUGCACAGUUAUGUCAUCAUGAAACAAAGUAAUGCCAGAACAGAAAACCUCUGAGGCUCCAGUUGAUAGUAAUAAAAUUUACGUAGGAGUCAUCAACAAAACGGGGUGCACAAAAAGCUGCAUUACACUCCCAAAAUAUAAAAAUUUCCUUGUUUGCUGCGAUUUGUCUUCGCAACCAGGUGAACACUUGCAGGAAUGACGCCACCGCUCCUGUACAUCAUGCUCUGGAACUUUGCCAUCGUUUAGAAAGGACCUCCAACAUUGUAACAUUAUAUGUAUGCAUUACAGUACAGAUCUGCAUAACAGGUUCUCAUUCAGCCUGAUUUCAUGUCACAUAUGACAUCUGAAGCCUCAUAGCUUUCUUGUUCACUGUAGCCUUUUCUAAAUGUGCAGAAUGACACUCAUAAGUACGUUUAAGUUAGCAAAACAUAUAUUAAAACUACACAGGAGGUGUUUCGUAUUUGUUGAUUUAAAAUGAGAUGUUUAUGUUCACAUAGGAGCGCUGGUUACCAUCUUGCACUGCCAUGUUUCUACAGAAGCACUGAAUGGACACACCGUAUUUUUCACAUUAUAAAGCGCACCUGAUUAUAAGGUGCACCAUCAAUGAACGCGUCUAUUCGCAUCUAUUUUCAUACAUAAGGCGUACCGGAUUAUAAUGCUCAUUGAGCCGAACAAAACAGUCAAUAACUUCGCAAGGCUACGGUAGCUGCAGUGCUCCAACAAGCCAAAAGGAUUUUAAGUACGCCUUAUAGUGCGAAAAAUACGGUAGUUAGGAAUGAGAGUGUUUUUGUAGGUUGCAAAUGGACGCACAAAAAGCUCCCGUUGAAAUACAAAGGUGAGAGUAGUUGUGUCCAAAUGAAUUUGUAGAUAGAGGAUUAUACUUUCAGGAGUGAGUAAGGGAGCAUUCAAGGCUCUAACUGCAAGAUAUCAUUGAAUUUGUCCAUUUCUACACAUUGCACCAAUCAUUUCCACAUGCACACUGUCAUUUUACAUGUAAGUCAUGUGAUGUUAAACUUACAGCACCAUAAUAUUUUUAUUCUAACCAGUAGCUGAAACAAACUCUUAUUGUGAUGCCGAUAUGAAUUUAAAACGUUCGGUAUAACAUUCACGAUAAAUGGACAAGACCAUUCAUGUGUUGCGUUCACUGAUAACAGUGUUUUUGUGCCAAAGCUGCUGAUGGCCGAUUUAUUGAAAACAGUCCUUAAAUCUUUGAAUCUGACUAUUUUCAUGCCAAGGAAUUCCAAGUAGCUCUACUGAGUGUUUUCAUGAGGAUUUCCUUCUUCUGAGGGCAGAAAAUCCUCUGAAACAGUCUUUAGACCACGGGGAUGUAAAACCCUCCUCUGCACGCCAGGCUCAUAACAAAAACAGAUCAUUUCAGAGCUGACAUGUCAGGAACAUGACGUAGAGUUUAUAUUUUCCUCUCAGAUAUAAGUCCAGCUUUACCCCAGACUUGAACCUAAAUCCUUCUUAACUUUACCCAUAACAUUACCUCAGGUCAUCAGAGCAUCGCUCAGCUAUGCAGGAGUAUUCGGUAAACACACAAGACAGUUAUAUAAGUGUCUUUUUUUUUUUUCUGCGCCUAUCAGCGGUUUUGUUUUGUGUCUCUGUUUCGACCUGGCAAAACCCAAACAAACAGAGCAGAGUAAGAUGAGAGAUGUGGGCAAAGAUAAGCGGUCGCUCAGGGAAGGGAAGGGCGAGCGCCACAGCAGAAGAAGUUUGGUGUAAGUGCUGUUGUUGUUCGACAUGACAAGCAAAGAUGUCUCCAUUGCAUAGAGAAAUAGGAUUUAUGACACGGCAAGAACAGCUCAAAAAGAAGCUGAGAUAAAGUGUAGUAAGCUAUGUAAAAUAGAAAUAGUUCAAAAACCUCGAUUUCUUACAAGGUCCGUUUCUUGUCAAAGUUUUGGGUCCCAUCAAAAACUCAAGGUCACUGUAGAAAUGCACUUUUUUCUCUUUACACAGCAGGUUGUUUGUUGUUUGUUUGGUCUGCUCUGUUAGGUGUGUGUGCUUAAGCAUGCAAUGUUUUGUCUUCCUGCAGUGUGUGCAUGUGUGCGCAGUAAUCAGCAGUGAAAGUGGUCUGUGUGUGUCUGUGCGCGUGUGCUGAUAAGUCGACUCAUUACUGUCCAGACUCUAAAGACGUAAGGAGAACUUUGUGAAUUUGUUGUUGUUUAUUUGUGCUGCUGUGCCCCCCACAUUGUUUUUUUCUUCUUCUGUGGUUUAGAGUGAUUUCACUGUCUACUAGUUCGGCACAAAGACACACACACACACACACACACACACACACACACACACACACACACACACACACACACACACACACACACACACACACUCACACUUGUAUCCAGACUUAAUGAUAUCCAGAGACAGCUACUGGAGUUUUAGCAGCAGUCAGGCCAGGCUGUGUUUGUGUGUCUUUGCCUUUCUGGCUCUUUUUUGUUCUUUACGUUUCCGUCUCACUCUCUUUCAUCUUAUUCCUCCUUACACAAAAAUGUUACUCUGUGGUUUGUUUCAUCUGUGUAGCAGAAUUUUGGUCUCUCUUUGCAAAGCGAAGCUGAACCUAUAUAUUUUGUAUGUAUUUUUUUAAGAGGACAACCACUCAGUGUGUUAGAUUGAAGUUUUUUUUCCAAAUGACCCCUGGCUCUAAGCUUUUGUAAAGCAUCUUUUGAUUUCCUAAACUUUUGGUUUAUGGGGUGUGUAAAUCUUACUUCUUAACGAUAUCAUAACAACCUAUUUAAAUGUGUUAUUAAAGCUUGUGUGGGGAGUUUUAGCUGUUCAACAACUAACUACAAUGACUAUGAAUGUCUCUUUAUUGCCUAACUUAGCAAACAAAACAAACAACAUCAGUUGUGAAUUAUUUCAUUUAGAUAUUUUUCAUGUCUAAAACCACAGACGGAUUUGCAUGUUGAAGGGAGGAGUUCAUUCACAUACCCCACGACAAAAUUUCUAAAUGAGUGAUAAAUUUGAUGAAAACAAAUAUUAAUUCCAAAAACGAGACUUUUAAAGAUCUUUGAAUUUCUUCAACAGUCAGAUUAGAGUUCUGUCGUAACUCUUGCAAUAAGAUUCUUUAAAUGAACACUGUUAUUUACUCAUCUAUUAUAGAAAAAAUUUUAUGAAGUACCUGCAAAAUUUUGUUGGAUAAAAAUAAAAUAACUUUCAUGUUUCAAACUGCACAAUUCUCCCUGUUUUUGGCUAAAAGGUGGUUCAAUUUCAGCAGCUUCUUUAAUUCUUCCAGCUCUCAGCAUCAGCCCAUCUGUGCGGCUGGUCUUUCACAGUAGCGUGUGUGCAGCUCUCACUGUGUACAUGUGUUAAUUAUCCCGUAUCACGGUAUGGUAAACAUGUGAAUCAGGAUAAAAUAACAACUGUCUGGACUCGAGCCAGCUCCUUCUCCUCUUCCCGUCAUUUUCUUUCUUUCCUGUUCCCCUCAUUACUUUCCAGUGAAUUACUUAUUCUUCUUACUUUUUUAACACUACAUGUGUUGUUCAGUCUCCUGCGACCUCUUAUUACUGACAUUGCUCCACUCUAUUAGUGUGAUUAAAAUGGUGUACUCAUGCCUCUCCAUCUAUGAAGAUCUAUGAAGUAAUCCAGACCACUGAUCCCUGCUCUGUUCUGUACACGAGGGUCUUUGCUAAUGCUCUGCAUGCCUUAGCUUUUAACGUUGGAACAUGAAAUAAAUGGGGGUUAGGUUUAGGGUUACUCCAACUAACUGGUUAGCCUAAAGGUAAGAAAACACUCAGAAAACCAUCAAAAUUGGGCACAGACUGUAGAUAAACAUUCUCUAAUUGGUUUACCAUUAGCAGAGCUAGCACCACCAGUCUGUAGUUUCCCUUGUAGUUCAACAUCUACAUAUUCUAGCAGGUUAAACAUCACUUCUGUUGUAUGAAUGUUCAAUCAAUUCAACCUACUUACAACUUCAUCCCCAUUUUCUAGAUCAUCCGACUGUGCUUGUUUAUAUCCACGUCGUAGAGCAUUGUAGCAUUAAUGGUAGGAACCUGGACAGUGAUAUUUGUAAGAAAUAGUAUUUAUUUUUGUGAGAAAGUACUAUACACCAGAAAAGAGUCCUUAUAUUUCGUACUUCAACUAUAUUUUUACUCUGUUACUUUCUUUAAUAUCCGAAGGCUGACAAACCGUGGGAAACAAACGCAAGAAUUUGAGUGUGUGUGUGUUUUUGUGAGUUAUUGGGACUAGCAUGUGUAUUUGCAUUGAAUAUUGUGUGCCUACCUCUGUAAUCGUUGUAUAAUUAUGUGUGUGUAUUUGUGUGUGUGUGUGUCCUACAUUACAGUCGCACGGUGUAACACAAACAAAUAAAGAGCUUCCUCAGAUGCCUUGCACCCCCCCUUCAAUCAUUAUCCAGCAUGCAUGGCAUUCCAGCUCGCAGGAAUGACAAGGAGAUUGUUAUUGUGCUCUCAGUGCUGCAUACUUGCUCUCUUCUCAUACACACACACACAAAGUAACAAACACACACACACACACACAGGCUUUUCAGACCAGAGGCCCGUUCUUGUUUCCAGUGAUGAAGCCAAACAAUCAAUCUCCAUUCACUAAUUUCAGGCAAGGGAGUAAGAGAGAGACAAGGGAGAGUUUGAGGGGGAGGAAAUCAGAGGAAAUAGAGAAAUUCAGGAGAUAAAAGUGGAGGUUAAGAGUUGUAAAAGAGAAAAGAGGAGAAGAAGAAAAAAAUCUUAACCCUUAUUCUUGGAUUAGAAACUUUUCCCUCAAUCCCGCUGACCUCUUUCUUCCACCUCCACCUGACAUUUUUCUCGUCUCUAAUGAGCCUCUCCCUCCGUAUGUCUCUCAGGUUCACGGGAAGUGUGUGUGCAGACACAACACAGCGGGAGAUCACUGCGAGCACUGCGCUCCUCUUUACAACGACCGGCCCUGGCAGCCCGCUGACGGACUGACGGGAGCGCCGCACGAAUGUCGGAGUAAGUCGAGCAAACACAGCUGCACCUUUUUCCAUCACAAGCACAGAGGUCUCAUGCUCAUAUGACAUACCUGCUUACAGAGAAACAUAAUCUACAAUACUUAGAGAUAAUGAAUUUUCCCAUCAUCUACAUGUGGUGGGGCCCCAAACUGGAGGGGGAAAGCUUUAGAGAUUGAUUUCCUGAUUUCCUCUUUCUUCAUCAGAGUGCAAAUGCAACGGACACGCCCAAAGCUGCCAUUUCGAUUGGACAGCUUGGCGUGAGUCAGGUCAGCGCAGCGGAGGUGUGUGUGACUGCCUGCACAACACUGAAGGACGCCAGUGUGAGAAAUGCAAGGCCGGCUUCUACAGAGACCCCCUAAGACCUCAAACUGCCUCUGACUCCUGUAAACGUGAGUAAAACACUGUAAGACACACAAAAAUCAAUUCAAAAGUUUCUAGGAAUAAAUGAUUUCAACAAGAGGAUGCUUUGCCUUAAAUCAGUAGGUAGUAUGAUGUUACAACACCUACUUUUGCCCUCCAUACAGACUGUUUUUUCAAAGCCUGCUUUAAUAUGACAGGUCAAUACUACAGAGAGAAAUCAGAACAUUUUCAGUGUUUGAAAUCCAGUCCCCUGGUACAGAGAACUACAUUAUUAUGUUGAAUCUGUUAGCAGAGAUGUGCAACCAUAUUCCACUGAAAACACAAGGUAACAUACGACAGACAGUGACACAUUUUAAACCAAUAAACACACUUAAAAACCACAUACUCCUAAUCUAAAAACAGAUACAACACAGAAACAAAAUAAAUAUUUAUGCGACAACAGAAAGUGAAAGCAAAAUGUAAGAUGGUUGAUUUAUUUCAUCACUGAAGUACAUUGAGGUAUUUUAUGACUCAUGGGGUUAAUGUUUUCUUUUGGUAUAAAUACAGUUAUAUAAUGUUAUAUAAGCUGAAAGUUACAGUUUAAAGCUCCAAUCAGAAACUUUUGGUUUGAGGCAAUUUUGGCGCCCCCUGUGGACCAAGAAGUCUCUAUUUAUCUUAUCUUCUGUGUACAGAAGUAGUUAUUUUUGACAUGAAUUUUCAUCAUACUGACUCUUGACUGACAAACACAUCAUUUAUAGUGAAUAUUUUAUGGAGAAAACCAUAAAAUAGGGCUGUUUCUGCUUGUCUGACAUCUGGCACCAGUUUCAGGCAUUAGAAAUCAGGAUGUGGAAAUUUGACACUGUCUUGUCACUGAUGCUUUUGUCUGCUUUUGGAUGUCAUAAAAAACAAGAAUAUGUAUCUCAAUCUAUUUAAGUUACAUAAAAAAAAAACUCCUUACAGGAGCUUUAAUAGAUGGCUGUGGUCUGCCUCUUCAUGAUAAUAGGACGGUUGUUGUUUGUUUCAAGUCUUGCCUCUGACCCUCAGGUGCUUGUAUCAUGCUUUAAUCAUGAUGUAUAAUAAUCAUAAAUCAGGUGACCUAUUUUGAAUACGUUGUUGAAAUAACAACAUAAUAUAAGCUCAGUUACUGCAUAUGGCGCCUAUAUGUGCCUGGGUGAAGGAAUUUCACUUGUGAAUAUCAGAUGAGUUUUUUUAGUCCAAAUGUUUUCGUCAGACUGACAGUAAAAAACCAUAACGAGACAUGUAGAGCACACUGUGAAAUGUCAUAAAUCAUAAUUAAUCAUACCAGCGCUGACAGAAAAACCUUACCAGUGUGAAUCCAAACAUUAACCUCACACAGACCACACUGGCACGAUGCUCUCAUUCUCUGAAGGAAUGCUAAGGACUGAGAUCACAAGCUGGGACGUGCCGGUUGGAUAACACUGGUUCCUGAUGGGCACCUGGCUUUAAGAGUGUGCGUGGUUGUGUUUGUGUGCGAGAGACAGCAGACAGCCCACGCUCGAUCCAAGGUUUACACCGUAGUUAAUCAUCAGAUGGUGGCAUUCCUUCGCCUUGACUCAAAUCUCAACACACAACCCCCUCCUUGUCCAUCUUUGGCUUGUUUUGCAAUUUUUCAUGUGUGACUCAGAGCUCCAGUUGCUUCAGGGUAAUCACUGCAAGUGCAUGUGUGAGGGUCUUGUGUGUGUGUGUGUGCGUGUGUGUGUCUGGGUUGAGCGGCGUGCUGCCCUCCGGUGAUGAGACGAGUCCUUAAGUAAACACGCGAUAGUCAUCCAUAAACACAGAGCGGUGGCUACAUUCUCCCUCUGAUUAUCUGUCAGAUUUGACCCAGUGAGCUCAGUCCUGCAGGUAUGCUGGACUCAGCCGUGAUUACAAGAAUGUAAAUUGCACCAGACCAUUUGCAAACAUUCGGAGGGGAGGGAAUGUGUUUUUGUGUCAUUCAGAGUUUGAUUGUCAAUACUUUAUGACAAACUUUUUGUGUUAAAACUGAUUAAGAAUUAGAUGUAGCAUCAUAAACAAACAAAUAAUGGAGUUUAGAAAUAAACGGUGGCUUCGACAUAGUGAAGAUUAGCAGACAUUAUAUGAUAACUGUCAACAGGCACUGUAGGUUUUUUAAGGAUGUUGAUGUUAACAUUUAGCUAAAGCACCACUUUAACUUCCCCUCAUAUAUUCUCAGCAGCUGCUGGUAUGGCUGUUGUGGUCUUGUAAUCUACCGUAGUCAUUCACAGAAGCAAAACUACUCCCCCUGCAUUAUUUACCAAUUAAUUCCCAAUUGGUGUUCAGCCUGAUCUUUGUGUUUGGACUCCUUAAAGGGAUAUUCCGGCUAAAACUUAAGUUAGGGUCAAACACACCGCAACACCGAGUUACACCCCCUCCGACUGCUUGCUUCUCCAGUUAUACCAACUUUAGUAACGACCGCAUGAUAGCAAUACAGAGAGCCACUCGCUCAUCCAAAACACCGCUUUAUAGCCACAAAUAAUGCUCAGAACAGCACCUAACUCCAUCAACAGUACAUAUAGGGUCCCAGCCAUAGCACUAGCCACCAAACAUCUUUUUAACUUUGCCUGAUUUCUAUACCAAAGAGACAAAACACAACUCACCCACUCUCUUCCAGCAGCUGCUUGUUUAUACGGAGACCUCCGGGCGAGUCCAUUACCGCAGUGGGGUGACGCAGCUCAAGGAAGAACAUUUCGGAGAUGAUCAUAAAUGUUCUUCCUUGAGCUUUGUCACCGCUUAGUCCGUAAUGGACUAGCUUAAGGUCUCACUACAAACAAGCGGCUGCUGGAAGAGAGUAGGUGAGUUGUGUUUAGUCUCUUUGGUAAAGAAAUCAGGCAAAGUUAAAAAGAUGUUUGGUGGCUAGUACUAUGGCUGGGACCCUAUAUGUACUGUUGAUGAAGUUAGGUGCUGUUCUGAGCAUUAUUAGUGGCUAUAAAGCGGUGUUUUGGUUGAGUUUUUUUUUUAUGGCUCCUCAGACCGCUGUGAAUCGCUAUCAUGUGGUUUGUUACUCAAGUUGGUAUAACUAGAAAAGUAAGCGGUCAGCAACAUCCAUCUCUCGACGGGGUGUCUAACUCGGUGUUACGGUGUGUUUGACCCUAAAUUAAUUUUACGCCGGAAUAUCCCUUUAAGCAACAAUUUAGGGUUCAUAUAGUAGAUGAAUUUCAGAUCAACUCCUUGUGGAGGUAUGCUAGCAUGACACAGCAAUAAGUUCAGCUGUCUGUGAUGAGGAAAAUUGGCCCAUCACCAUUUUAAAAUCAGAUGUAAUGUAAGGUUUGAAUUUCAGAGAUUGGGUAGGGUGUCAUCCUUGUUUUUAUUUGCUGUGGCGUAUCUAUGAAAGCUGUGACAGCUGACUGAUAGAAAAUGGGAGCGGUGGCAUGCUUUGAGAACCCCUGAGACGAAGGUACAGGUUGUGAAAUCCCACUGCAGCCGCUCACUGACAAUGGAGGAAUUUCCCUCCAUCGUGAGGAACAUUUUUUUCAUACCAGGCUCCGAGGGGCCCGGGAAAGAAAACACUCUUGUCAGGCUCCACGCAAGCUCAUGCACACAAAAAACACUUAAGCAAGGGGGGGAAAGUUACAGUGUUUGUUUACAUGUGUGUGUCGGGGGGAUUUUGUUGUCUGCACUGGUUGCUCAGGCAGGUGUCUUGUCAUGUCUUAGCACACGCUCAUAAAGAUUUCAUUGUUAGAGCUCCCGCAGCUAUCUAUCGAAGACGCACACACAUUUUUACACACAGGAGUCCUUGUCUAUUGACCCCCUUCAAAGCCCAUAAAUUCAGAUGUGUAAACACUCACACUUACUAAACACAGUCACACGUGUUUUGGAUUUACAUGGAGCUACAAUGGUGCCAUAAUCCUGGUUAAUUACUGACAGUCUAAACAUCGCUGUAGACUCACACAUGAAGCCUCUCAGUUAAAUUAAAAACCUGUCUUGUUAUUGUCAAGACAUGUCCAGUACCUGUGUGACUUGUGUGGGUCUUACCUGCAUGUUGCACACCUGCAGGGUAAAUAAAUCUGGUAUCUUUAUGAUUUUAUUGAUAUUGCUCACCUCAGUCUCAUGAUUAGGUUUAUCUUAUCUCUGUUGUUCAGAGAUAAACCGUCUGAUAAACUGUCUGGUGUGGGCUCGCAAGGAAAAAAGACAAAGCUGCUCAUUCAUUUGUUGUAUAAGAAGUCAGUUCAGGGGACACAAAGUCAGCUCUGCUCCUUUAUUUAUUCUAUAAAUAUAUAUAUCACUCUCUGUAAUUAACUCUUGGCUUAAGGACAAAUGCAUCUCAGCAGAUGACUGAUACAUAUCAAACUUAAAAGUAUGUGGAUAGAUGAACAGAAACUACUUAAUGAUACUGUAUAUCAUAUGAAUUUUCUUAAAAGUAAGAAAAUCGGCAACAUUAAGGGGCAGUCAUAAAUUUGUUUCAGAUGAUGUGCAACUUGUAUCACAUUAUAUCACAUCAAACUCUGUUGUUUCAUAUCAUUUCUCACUGAACAGUAUUGAACCAUAUGAUCUCAUACUGGAAAGUAUCAUAUCAUAUCCUGAUGUAUUGUAUCAUAUCACAUUGCCUUGUGUGUUACUGUAUCGGAUCUAAUAGAUCACAUCAUAUCAUAUCAUAUAUUGUUGUAUUGCAUCGCAUCAUGUUAUGUGAUAUCAUUGUAUUACAUCACAUCCUAUCAUAGCUAUCAUACUGUAACAUAUUAUAUUGUAGCCUAUUUUAUCAUACUGUUUUACAUCUAGUGCAUCAUAUCAUAUUGUAUCAACAGCAUGGUGUAGCUUUGUAUUGUAUGGUAUUGAUCACAUCAUAUUCCACUGUAUUGUGUAGUAUGCUAUGCUAGGCUAUGCAAUCCCAAUCCUAUCUUUUCAUAUCAAAUCAUUCCCAAUGUACCGAACAGUAUCGUAUCGUAUCGUAUCAUAUCAUAUCAUAUGGUUUUUGCAUAUACCAUCGUAUAUCGUAUUAAAUUGAAACAUAUGUUGAUGUAUUGGAUAGAAUCGUGUCAUAUCAUCAUAUUUGUCCUCAAUUGAAUUGUAAGUUAUUAUCUGGUAUUGUAUCAUAUCUCAUUGCACUGACUGAUUUCUCUGAAGCAUGUCGUCCCUUAGCUUCCAAACUAUCUCUUUCCAUUAUCGAUUUCAUGCUGAUUAAGAGGUCCAAAAAAAUCAAACAAUAAUACAAUGACACUGACAACAACAAUUUCUAGAUUAUUGCACUACACCUGAUAUCUUCGGAAAAAGCAACGUUAAGGGUCCUGUGCUGAAUGAUAAAUCCCAACCUCAAAGAUGUGUGCAAAUUUAAGUUACCACAAAAGUAUUACACUUCAUGAACUUUAGUCUGAGAAAACACAACCUUAUUGACAAACAUGCUCAUGCUUUCAUUAGUGUUCUGAAGUUUAACUGUACAUUGCUGAUGGAGAGGUGGUGAGAGCGCAGCGAGACAGGCCUCAGGCUGUACAGUAAGUACUUAGAGUCAUUUACUGCCAGUGCAGCUUCAAGCAUCAUUAAACAGCAGAGAAACGGCCCCAAACAACGCCCCCGUCUUUGUUACUCUCCUUCGUCUUCUGCCUCUCCUUCACCUCGUCUCCCCCCUUGUCCCCUCCCUCUUUCCCCCCUCUGUCUGCCCCCUGGAGAUAGGGACAGAUUUAUGGGAGAGGCUGCUCACCUCCUCCUGAAGGGCUCCUGGUCUGCCGUAUUGAUAACAGCAGAGAGACAUCAGACAGUAGUUUUCUCAGACUGCCAAUGGAAACAUGUGUGGGUGUGUUUGUGUGUGUAAGUAUAUUGUUUUUGGAGGUUGUUUAAAGAACACACUAUCAGCACACAAUUAGCGGGGACAGGGGGGGAGGGAAAGAGUUGGAGAGGUCCGAGUGUGUGUGUGAUAAGAAAAAGAGAGAGUCCUUUGUGUUACGUGCUCCAGCAAUAAUAUCACACAGACAAAUAAAACUAUGAUGAAUGAUGAAAUACUUCAGUUCUGGUAAUAAAUUAUGACUUGCAGGUCAGCAAAGAGUCAAGUGGAAGACCUUUAGACUUUUAAACAUUUUGUUUCCAUGUAUAUAUCUCAAUAUUCCUGAAUGAAAGCCACCCUUGCACCUAAUCGGUCACUUCUUGUCUUUUUUGGAUGGAUUAAAUUUAGCGUAGAUGUCCAUGAAGCCAAAGGGAUGACUCACAAAAUUAGGUGAUCCUCUGACUUUAUAUCUAUAUUAAGAUUUAAGAUGAGACUUCAACUCGUAAGAGAAACAUUAGAGGGAUUGCUAUGAAAUAAGGAUCUAAUACUCAUGGUGCCCAGAGGAUAAAUCUCACCAAACUUGUUGAUUCUCUUACUUUACAUCAAGCUAAAAUUGCUCCUUGCGCAGACAUGAUUUAUUCUUGUUAGAUACCCUCUUUUUCAGACUCUAUUAUGCGUUAAACCAGUCAGGUUUUAAUGGGGUGGUUUUCUGCAACCCUCCUCUUAACACCGACCUUUAGGGCAGACAUGAGAAGUUCAUACUUCAUGUUGUUCACUGGUUUUGCCUUACCUUGAUUACAACUCUUUUUAGUCAUAUAAUCAAACGAUGUAGAUCUACUGGAUUGUUGCAGCAGCACUUAAUUGUAUAAGUCAGGGGAAUUUUCAGCAUUUACACGUUAUUGAAAAUCAGGAUUAUGUUAACAUAAACUGCUGAAGUUUUUAAUACUCUAACAUGUUAAGCAGCAGAAGGAUUUGUCUGCAUUAGAAACAGUAUAAAUAACUCCUUAUUGAUUGUUUAAGUCAAAAUAUAAUUACCACUGGGUCAGUGCUCAAAGACUAACAGCUCACGAAGUUGUCGAAUGAAAAGCCAGGUCCUUAUAUUAUAGGCUUUUAUUUCUUGUUGGCAUUAUUCUGAUGAAGUAUUAGUCACUUCGACCUUCACAUUUCUCAGAAAUCAAAAUAAGAUGAGAACUUUUGCUUAUGGCUUAAAGCUCCUGUAAGGAGUUUUUUGGACAUUUGUGGCACAGACUGAAUUUUUUUUUGCCUUUUUAUGAUAUUCAAGAGCAAACAAGACCAUCAGUUACAUGAUCGUCUUUAUAUCAGCUGAAGAGAACAGCUAUUUUAUUGUGUUAUAAACAUUAUUUACAAUGAAUCUGAUCAGAUCGUCAAAAAUGAGCAUUUUCCUCUAUGGGAGCAUGUAAAGGACAAAAUAAGCGAAGACCGCUUUGCCACCAAAAGUUCAUCACAGGAGCUUUAAUUUACUUGGUAGCUGUCUCUAACUUUGAAAUGCUCUCACCAACACUGCCUCCAUUGCAUGGAUUGCAGGACAGGACCCAGACUUAAAGUAUCCUCUUUGAAUUAAUUUGCAUCGUUGAAGAGUUUCGACCAAUCAGAAUCAAGCAUUAUCACCUCAUAAUUUUAAACAUGAGAGGAAUAACAGUUUCUUAUUCCUUCCCAGCAUGCAGCUGUCACCCCCUGGGCUCGAUGCCUUUCCACCUGGCUGACGGCUCCCUCUGCGACCCGUCCAAUGGAAACUGCAUCUGUAAACCCGGAGUGGGAGGAACGCAGUGCGACAGGUGCAUGGUGGGAUACUGGGGCUUCCACGAAUACGGCUGCCGUCCGUGUGAUUGUGCUGGAGAGUGUGAUCCGUUUACAGGAGACUGUAUGUUUGGGUGAGUAUCUUUAAGGAUUGAUCUAAUUUUAGUUUAGUUUAGUUUAGAUCAACAUUUACGCUCCUGUUUGUUCGUAUUUUUGCAGAUCUGAUCUAGACUUGUACAACUUAGAAGGAAACUCCAGUGAGCCAGUCAGGAUCUUCAGAGUAGACGAGCUCUUCUCUGCCCUUCAUUACUCAGGUAAGGUGUGUGUGUGUGUGUGUGUGUGUGAAUGUGCAUGUGUGUGCAUGUGUGUGAAUGUGUGUUUUCUACCCUCCUCCACAGUCUGGUGACCAAGCAUUAAUGGUUAAGUAAUGAAAGUCUUGAUAAGGCCUUACAAGGACAUUGAACAAAGAUGGAUGUGUGUGUGUGUGUGUGUGUGUGUGUGUGUGUGUGUGUGUGUGUGUGUGUGUGUGUGUGUGGACAGUUUCCAAGUGUCCCUUCUCUCAGACCCCCCAGCUUCAUGUAACUGCAGCUUUCAUUGGCACAUUCCUCACUGGACACACACACACUGCGGUUGCAUUCUUAGGACGCCGCGCACAGCGUCCGAGACCACACACACACACACACACACCUGCAUGCGCUCACACACAUAUAUGCACAUCAGUUAGGUUAUAAAUAUUAAUCCGUGGCUGUGUUUACCUCCUGCAGAGAAGUGCGAGUGCAAAGAGCAAGCCUUGACCAACAGUAAACUCUUCUGCACCAUGAAUUAUGCAUACGGUGAGAACUUCUCAACACUCUUUACAUUUUCAGUCAGAUUUCAGCUCAGAAACACGGACUUGUGUGCGCUAAAUGUUUUCUUAUUGCUCUAAUUCUCCCCUAGUCCUGAAGGUGAAGGUGCUGUCAGCGCAUGAUAAGGGUUCUCAUGCUGAGGUGGAGGUCAAAGUUCAGAAGGUUCUCAGUCAGAACACAAAGGUGAAGAUCCAGCGGGGUCGGGUCACUCUUUACCCCGAGUCCUGGACCGCAAGGGGAUGCACCUGCCCGAUCCUCAACCCAGGUCAGACUAACCCUCCCCUGUGUUAGAUGGUUAAACAGGCAGAUACUGAGUGAAUCUCUUUGACUUAAACCAUUACAAUAAGUAAUAAAUACAUUUUUUGAGAUAAUAGAAAGCUAGGUUAUGUUCAGAAUUUGUUCAGUUUAUUCAGCUCAUUGGAAACUGAACUUGGUCUGUCCCUUCUCAGGGGUUGAGUACCUCGUGGCAGGACACUCAGACCGCAAGCAGGGCCGCCUCCUGGUCAACAUGAAGAGCUUCGUAAAGCCCUGGAAAGCCAGUUUGGGACGCAAAGUCCUCACGCUACUCAAGAAAGACUGCAACUGGUAGAUGGUCCUGUCGAGCGCUGGAGGACAGAGGGACCCGUGGACAGAAGAGACUGUGAAUUUGUGUUUUCUUGUCCUCCUGGUGUGAAUGGCAAACAGUUUGGGAGCAAGUUUCCGAGGCUGAACUGAGAUGAUUGAAGCCUCUUUUUUUCAUAUUUCUGCUGUCGUCCAAUAAGAGCUAGCAGCUGUCUGCGCCGGAUUAAAGCACAUGAGACGAUAUUUUGUAAAGACUUCAAACGACACACAAAAAAAAGACUGAAUCUCCUCCUCUCUGCUGCACUUUAGCCUAAGAUGGACUGAGGGAACAUGGACACACAAAGAGAGGAAGACUUCACACACACGCUCUAAAUGACCCCCUGACAUGGACUGUGGACGCAGCACGUCCAUUCCCUGAUACGCUCCACACACUCAUUUCCACAUCCACACACACACACAGACAGCAGUUUGUGUGCCUGUGUGUGUGUGCUGCAGACGUAAUGUGCAUAGCACUUGGAGUGACGCUGAACAAGCCAUACAAGCCACUACAGGUGGUUAAACCUUAGCCAGUCCAGGUGUGCCUGUGUUGAAAUCAGAGUGAAUGGGAUUUACCCGAACGUGAAUGUAUUUGCUUGUUUUUCAAAUGUGUGUGUGUGUGUGUUUGUGUGAGAGAGACAAAGAGAGAGUGCUUGAAUGCAGAGGUUUAUUACGAGCACAGUUCAGAUUCAGUCCGGCUCUUUCUGUAGGUUUGUGUUCACUUUUUAAAAACAGCCGUUCCAAUCUUUAUGCUGCAGCGUUUUGUAUAUUGAUUCAUCUCAUAUUACAGUAAAAUCCUGAACAUUCUGUUAUUCCUUCCUUUGUGCUCCUGUACAGUAUUAUUUGUACAUAUCUAUAUAAAUAUGAUGUUCUUCUUUCUCUCUUUGUUUAAUUUUUUUUUUUAUGUGAUAAGAUGAAAGUGUAAUCCAAGGUAGUUACUGUAAGCCGCCAUUUUUCUCAGUUAUGAUAGUCUUUAAUUACACACACUGAUU